CGUUCGCCUGGCGCCCCGUCAGCGACGCUGGCUGAAGGCGGUUGGAUGAAACGAGCUUCUGGGUGACGUGGGGCGUUGCCUUUGAGAGCGAAAAAACAACAACAACAACAACAAACAAACAAACAAACAAACAAACAGCCGUUUAGCCGGUAGGUGUGUUUGAACGAAGCGGUAACCGAGAUUGCGGCUGUGUGACGACACGCUGCUGAAAAGAAAAUUACAAAGAAAUAAAUAACACGAAAAGGUUGCGCACUGAUGUAAAAGCUGGAAGAUGCCACUGUGCCGGGGUUUGGUUAAACACAGUGACUCCCACGCGGGGAGCUGCCAGACCGAAUCUGGGCCGGUGAUCCGUGUGUUUCUGUACUGGACCCGGGAGGGAAGGGAGCAGCACCUCACCUACACAGAGGGGAAACGCACCGCCGAGGACAUUUGCAUCGACGCUGCCAAACUCAGCGGAGUCACACCCCUUUUCCACAGCCUGUUUGCGCUCUACCACCCCGAGGAGAAGCGCUGGUUCAGCCCUAACCAUGAAUUUACAGUGAAAAAUGAAGAAAACCUGACCCUGCAUUACCGCAUGAGGUUUUAUUUCCGGAACUGGCAUGGCAUGACUGAUAAAGAGACAGCGGUGUACAGAUCUGCUUUCAAACACUACGAUUCCAGCGAAGGCAAAGGAAAGAGCGAGCAGGGGAGCCCUCUGCUGGACCAGCAUUCCCUGGAGUAUCUCUUUGCUCAGGGAAAGCAUGAUUUCAUCCAUGACGUGGUGUCCAUGAAGGAUCUCUACACUGAUGCUGAGCUGCACAAGUUUAAGAACGAGAGUUUGGGGAUGGCAGUGCUGCACCUGUCUCACCUCGCUGUCCAGUCUGGCCGCUCGCUGGAGGAAGUGACCAAAGAAAUCAGCUUCAUGCGCUGCAUCCCCAAAUCGUUCUGCCGGCAGAUUCAUCAAAAUAACUACCUAACCAAGGUCCGCAUCAGGACUGUGUUCAGCAAAUUUGUGAAGGGCUUCAACCUGCACACAGUCAGCACGGGGAAGCUGACCCUACAGGACAUCAUGUACAAGUAUCUGUCAACGUUAGAGAGCCUGGCCCCCAGCAUCGGGUGCGAAGAGUUCCAGACCACCUCUCUGGACAUCCAGUCCGAGGGAGAGAGGGCCAACUUCUACGUGAGGGAUUUCUGGGGAUUGGGAAACAUGGAACCGGACUGCAGCGUGAUGCAGGGGGGCUCUCCGUCCCAUGUGGUGAUUGUGUCGGGAACAGAAGGAAUUCGGUGGAGGGAAAUAAAAGGAGGAGAAGGAGGAGAGCCCGUAGAGAACUGCGUCGACAGAAACUACUUUGAGAGAAGCAAAAAGCAAAAAGGGAAGAAGAAGAAGAAGCUGCUCCCCGCGCAGCCUGCGGAGCGCAGCGAGCCACGCUGGUCCUUCUUCUGCGACUUCCCCGAGAUCACGCACAUGGUGGUGAACGGAUUCAGAGUCAGCGUGAGCCGGCAGGACAACAAGUCGCUGGAGCUGGCUCUGAGGUCCAGCGCAGAGGCGCUGUCGUUCGUUUCUCUGGUGGACGGCUACUUUCGGCUGACUGCUGAUUUUCACCAUUACCUGUGCCAGGAAGUGGCUCCUCCCAGGGUAGUGUUGAGCAACGCCAGUGGAAUACAUGGACCCAUGCAGGAAGAGUUCGCCAUUCAUAAACUGAAGAAAGAAGAAAAAGAAGCGGGCUUGUUCAUUGUCCGAUGGAGCGCCCAGGAUUUUCACAGAAUAAUCCUGACGGUGCUGAACAGAUCGGAGAACAAUCAGACUGCCCAGCUGCACAAGCAGUUCCGCAUCCAGCAGAGGGGGAACGUGUAUUUUCUGGAAGGGUGGGAUAAAGAGUUUGAAAGCGUGAAGGAGCUGACUGAUAACCUGAAGAUGUGCGUCCUCAAGUCCGGAGACGAAAGCUUCGUUGUGAAGAAGUGCUGCCUGCCAAAGUCAGGAGAAAUCUCCAAUUUGAUUGUGGUGAGGCGGUCUCCAGGCAGCAGUGUCCGACCCAUACCGGGCUCUCUGAACCUGAGCCAGCUGAGUUUUCACCAGAUCCGCAAGGAGGAGAUAACCCAGGAAAGUCACCUGGGCAGAGGAACGAGGACUAACAUCUACACCGGGAAGCUCCACGUGUGUGGAACGGACUUGAACGAGGACGGAUACAGCGAGUGGAACAAUAAUAACAGCAGCACCAAGAUCCGAGUGGUGCUGAAGACACUGGAUGAGAGCCACAAGGACAUAGCGCUGGCCUUUUUUGAAACCGCCAGUUUGAUGAGCCAGGUUUCGCACAUUCACUUCGUAUUUGUUCACGGAGUCUGUGUCAAGGGAUCGGAGAAUAUUAUGGUCGAAGAGUAUGUGGAAUUUGGGCCCCUGGAUGUCUUCUUGAGGAAAGAGAAAGGGAGGGUCACACCGCAGUGGAAGUUUACAGUGGCCAAGCAACUGGCCAGCGCUUUGAGCUACUUGGAGAACAAGAAACUGGUGCACGGAAACGUGUGCGCGAAAAACAUCCUGGUGGUGAGGAAGGGACUGGAGGAGAGCAGCUCUCCCUUCAUUAAACUCAGCGAUCCUGGGAUAAGCUUCACGGCCCUCUCCAGAGAAGAGCGGGUGGAGCGUAUCCCCUGGAUCGCCCCUGAAUGUGUUCAGAAUGUCAAUCACUUGAGCAUCGCCGCAGACAAGUGGAGCUUCGGGACCACCUUGCUUGAGAUCUGCUACAACGGGGAUCUGCCACUGAACGAGACCACCCUGAACGAGAAAGAGCGGUUUUAUGAAGCCAAGUGCCACUUGCCAGAGCCGUCGUCGAAGGAGCUCGCCAGCUUCAUCAGCAAGUGUCUGAACUACGAACCAGCGGACCGGCCGUCCUUCAGAACCAUCCUCAGAGAACUCACCGAGCUCCAGCAGAAGAACCCCGAUAUAUCUUCAAAGAGUGAUAUUCUACCCGAUGCAGAUCCCACAGUGUUCCUGAAGAGAUAUCUGAAAAAAAUCAGAGACCUUGGAGAGGGCCACUUCGGGAAGGUGACGCUGUACGUGUACGACCCUAACAACGACGGCACGGGGGAGUGCGUGGCUGUGAAGUCACUCAAGCAGGACUGCAGCGCUCAGCUCCAGGCGGGCUGGAUGCGAGAGAUCGAGAUCCUGAAAGCGCUCUAUCACAAGAACAUCGUCAAGUACAAGGGCUGCUGCAACGAGCUCGGCGGGCAGGUUGUCCAGCUGGUCAUGGAGUAUCUUCCUCUUGGCAGCCUGAGAGAUUAUUUGCCGAAGCACCGCGUGGGUCUGGGGCAGAUCCUGUUUUUCGCACAGCAAGUUUGUGAGGGUAUGGAUUACCUGCACUCAAAGCGUUAUAUCCACAGAGACCUCGCUGCUAGAAAUAUCCUUGUGGAGAACGAGAACGUGGUGAAGAUCGGAGAUUUCGGACUCAGCAAAUACAUCCCUGAGAACGCUGAGUACUACAGGGUCAAGGAAGACGGAGACAGCCCCGUGUUCUGGUAUGCAAUCGAGUGCCUGAGAGAAAGCAAGUUCUCCUUCGCGUCGGAUGUCUGGGCAUUUGGGGUGGCCCUCUUUGAGAUCCUGACCCACUGUGAUAACCGGCAGAGCCCUCCUGCAAAAUUCUUCGAGAUGAUCGGCAACAUGCAAGGGCAGAUGACAGUGAUGCGUCUCAUCGAGCUCCUGGACAGAAGACGCCGUUUGCCGUGUCCUAAAGACUGUCCGCACGAGGUUUAUUUGCUGAUGGAGAGAUGCUGGGAAAGCGAUCCUGCACGCCGCCCGGCGUUCACGGACCUCAUCUCGUCCGUGAAAGAAAUAGCCAGGCGGUAUCGCCAACCUGCCACUGUCAAGCUAAACCUGAUGAGCUAGCCCUGAGGGUCAGCACCAGUGGAUGCCAUGCUCUGCCUGACUAGAUCCCGCCCCAGCAUGGGAACCACUGAGUCGACAGUCUUCACCAGUUGCCUGUUUUUGUUUGUUUGUAAAUCUGUGGACAAAAUGCCUUCAACAGGCAGGGUUUUUAUAUAUAUAUAUAUAUAUAUAUAUAUAUAUAUAUAUAUAUAUAUAUAUAUAUAUAUAUAUAUAUAUAUAGUGCAGCUAAUGUGGGUUGCCAUUGUAAAGAUGAACUGGUAUGAAGUGAGUGUUGUACUGCUUCAAAUGUUUUUCAAUAUGCACGUCUAUUCGGGGGAAGUGAUGAUCAUGUCACGGGACUAUAUAAACGUUUGGCAGCUUUCCAGAGUGCAUUGGUUUCUGUCCUCAGAUUUUAAAGUCAACCUGAUCUUGAAGCAUAAAACUAACGGCAAGAAGAAGAGCAGAAGUGUAAACCGCUAGGUACAACGACUCUACUGCGCUUUCCAGCGGUCUGUGUUCUAGCGAGGUUUUAAAACGUUAUUAUCUUACUCCUCCCCGGCACGCUCACACGCACCCAAGCCGUUGCUUUCAAAGAUCAUGCAGCGAUUGCCUUUCUGCCUGCAUGUUCAGCUCUGGUCUGGAAUAACAGGAAGAUCUCAACUGUAGCGCAGCACUUCAGAACGUAUGCAUAAACAAUAGAGGGCACAUGCUUUCUCCUUCAUGCCUUAUAAUUAAUCAAAGCGAGAAUCAAGUGCA